AUGUUAAAUACUAAAGUGAUAUUCUUCCCUCUGUUAGUAGUAUUUCUUACACCAACAAUCCACUGUUCCGAAGAAAAUUGUAGUAAUUCGUCCCUCACCGGCUUUGGGUACGAGAUGAUAACGGCAAAACUAGACCAUAUUCAGUGCAAACUAACCGCGAUGGAGAUUGCUAUGAAAGAGGAUCGGGAAAGUAUCGAACAGAAGAUAUCUGGAGCUGUGAGCCAACUAGCGUCGAAGGAAGAUCUAGCUCAGUUGAGGGUCAGUAAGCAAAGUCCCAUUCGCUCGUGUAAGGCAGAGCCAUCGAAACUAUCUGGCAAGUAUCUGAUACAACCAACCGAAAAUCAUUACCCAUUCGUGGGACAUUGUGAACAAACACGUUUUGGAGGAGGUUGGUUAGUGAUCCAGCAUCGGUUUAACGGUUCGCUGGACUUUUAUCGCAACUGGACCGAGUACCGGAAUGGGUUUGGAAGUGUUGAUGGAGAGUUUUGGCUCGGUUUGGAGCUCGUGCAUUGGUUGACAUCGGCUCGCUCCCACGAACUAUUAGUGGAGUUGGAGGAUUUCUCGCAAAACUACGCGUACGCACGAUAUAGUGAGUUUCAGAUCGGCAGUGAGGCGGAACAAUAUCCACUAGCAAAACUGGGAUCGUACACAGGAACAGCAGGAGAUUCAUUGGUAAACCAAAAGGAGAUGAAGUUUUCAACCAAGGAUCGAGACAAUGACAUUACAGAGAGAGAAAACUGCGCUACCGAGUACGAAGGAGCAUGGUGGUACAAAGAUUGUCACUAUUCCAAUUUGAAUGGAGUUUAUAUGAAUAGCGCUGACGCAAAAUCUAUGUGUUGGUUUCACUACAAAAUAUCUUUCCAGGGAUUGGCAUAUUCCAGAAUGCUGAUACGCGAAACAUAA